ACUCCGGACUACGUAUAUUGUUCAGAAUUUGGCGCGAGGUAGUUACAUGCUUGAAGGGUGUACGCGGCGCAGUUUGAUUUGAACACAGCGGUCUUCUGAACCCCACUGUGCUGAGGACGGUGUCUCGUAUACACUGGAUUAUGCACACUGUCUUCAAACUAAGGCGCUGAAAAGUCCCUACAUAAUGUCAGUGGCAGUGGAAACCACAGUGUCCAGGGUGCCUCUCCCUGUUCCAGCCCACUUCGCCCAUGCAGAGCAGUCCUUCUCCCUCAAAAAGCGUCGUCUCCCUUUUUCCUCAUCGUCUAUGUCCAACUCAUCCUGCUCUUCUCCUGCCUGGCUCUCACAUUCUUUGCCCCCCUUGCCACCAUCAAAGGGAUGUCCUUUGAGCAGGAUGUUCCCGCAGCAUUCAUCCCCCUGGACACCCCUGUCUUGUUCGCUUAGUAAGUCUUUGCCUCCAAAUUCUGUAUAUGACCGCAGCAAACAGCAGUCAUAUUUCAGUCAGUGCUUCACUAAUUUGGGCCUGCUGGGAAGAGGAUCCUUUGGAGAGGUCUACAAGGUGCAAAGCAAUGAGGAUGGGCACCAGUAUGCAGUGAAGCGCUCUGCUCAACGCUUCAGGGGUAACGGCGAGAGGAACCGGAGUCUGAGGGAAGCCCGGAACCAUGAGCGCCUGUGUCCUCACCCUCACAUCCUGAAUUUUGUGGCAGCCUGGGAGGAGUGGGGCCGACUGUACAUUCAGACAGAGCUGUGUAGCACCAGCUUGCUGCUCCAUGCAGAGAGCAAAGCUCCUGGCCCAGAUGAGCCUGCAGCAUGGGCCUAUCUCUGCGACCUCCUGUCAGCAUUGCAGCACUUGCACUCUCAUGGCUUUGUUCAUCUGGACCUCAAGCCUGCCAAUGUCCUUAUCACUGACUCUGGCCGUCUCAAACUGGGUGACUUUGGGCUGCUAUUUGAGCUCAAUCAGAAGAAUACAGCACCAGUGGAGGGGAAAGUGAAAGAAGAUGCUCAGGAGGGCGAUCCCAGAUACAUGGCCCCUGAGCUGCUCCGUGGGGAGUAUGGCCCUGCUGCAGAUGUUUUCAGUUUGGGUGUUUCUAUCCUGGAGCUUGCUUGUAAUAUUGAGGUUCCAAAUGGUGGCGAAGGCUGGCAACAGCUCAGACAAGGCUGUCUUCCUUCAGAAUUUACUCGUGGUUUGUCAACCGAGCUGCAGACAGUCCUGCGGAUGAUGCUGGCUCCAGAUCCCUCUGAGAGGCCAACAGUCUCUGAACUUCUUGUCCUCCCUUCUGUUAGGAAACACAGAUGGAAAAGGCGCAUCUAUCUAAUGAUCACCGAGACAGUAUUAACACUGGCCUCCCUUUGCCAUUUGGUGGUGUGCUUCGGGUGUAGGCUCCUGUCCUCCCUCAACUUGUCCUUUCUUCCUCGUCACACCAAGCCAGUGCCCUGCACUCCUCCACGGGACAGCUGGGAGCAGGAUUUAACUCUGCCCCUCAGUGCCAUGCAUGCUGAUUUGGGGAGCCCAGAGGAUGAUGCCGUGUUUUCGCUGGGUCCGACAGACCCAGAGCUUUCUCCCACCUUCUCACACAGGGUCAAAUCUCGAUUGUCUGUGGAAAGCACAUCCACUCCUCUCCCAGGUUCACCACAACACAAUCAUCGAAGUCCUGCCCACACACCUACUCACUCGCAACAGAGUGACUGGUCCUCCUGUAACUUGGCUCAGACCCCCUCCAGCAUCCACUCAAAUGGUUCUUGCCACACACUGACCCCCAGUGCCAGCCCCAUACAUGCAGAGCACCAUACAAAUAGCAUCAACUCCCUUCAGAGGCGACAUCCUUCAUCCACCAAGUCCUCACAGCGGCGUAAUUACAACUGGGUCCUUACAGAGGAGGUUUUACCCCGACCUAACCUUGAACCCAAGAACCUGCUGAGCUUGUUUGAGGAAACAACCCUAGAGGAACUGCCAUAAGUGUAAGACUGCCACUUCACAUUCAGGGACACCGUUUUUCAGUUCAAGUGUCAGAGAAUGAAUGAAUGUACCCAGUUUACUCUUGGAUUGUAUAGCUGUUUUUUUCGUUCUGCCAUUUUGUAAGAGUCCUAUAAAAGCUUCUGGUAGUGAUUAUUUAAAAAGAUGAAUUUGGGGCAAAUUAAUGAAUAUGUAAUCAGACUGUAAAGCACUUUUUAUGUUUGUAAAUAUCUGUUAUUGUUUAUUGUUGCAUAAGAUGCCAUUAGUCUUGUGUACUCUUGAGUCAUGUACCUUAAGAGUUACAAAAGAAUAAAAUUAGGGAACCUGAGA